UGUUUAUCAACUUAAAGUUAUUUUUGUAUAUUGCGUUAAGUCCAAGUCGAUCAAAGUCCUCCAUUAUGUACGGCGAGGAUUCAUCAAUGGAAGACAUACUACCACCAUCAUCAACAGAGUCAUCACCAUGUCCAUCGGAACGAUCAGUUUCUCCGACUGAAGACCCAGCUCCUUCACUAUCCCUAGCCGAGAAGACACUGGAAGUAUGCCGACUGCUCAAGACACUUUAUAUGACACCAAAAUCGUUCAUCAUGGCGUUUCUCAACGUGGACGACUCCGACCUUGUGUUCCGCCGACGUUAUUGGGGCGCCCAAGUUGGCUGGCCAUCGACAUACGAACUGCUCCAAGCAAUAAAGAAGCAAGUGACCAAGACACAAAAAGGCAAAGCCCGUUGGCGUGAAUUCAUCCAGAGAGAGGCAGUUGAAGCAUUGAAUCGAGAGAAACCUCCUUCUGGUAAUUACCCCAAUGGAUCUUUCCAAAGUAGUCAAACGGUUGAUCCAUCUUACUUCAAUCAUGAUGCUGCCUGCGCCCGAGAAGAAUUGAUCUCGCAAGUUCACAUGCCUUUUCUCUUCAACAUGUUACUGGGAACUCUUCAACCUUCGAAUGAAGCCAAAAAUGACGAUCCUCAUGAUGAUUCUCCCGCUGAGCUCAUUCUCCAAGAUCCCGCCGAACAAGAAUUAUUCGAAAUGGUAGAAUUAGAGUACCAGCCAGUUGCGGUUGCACCUUGCCGAUUCAAAAAGAUUGCAGCAACCAUUUGCUCAAUGGUUGCAUUUGCAAAGAACAGGCGAUGCAACGGAUUACAGCUAUUCAACAGCAUUCGCUUCACGGCUGGCGGCGUCUCGGAGCUUAUAAACGAUUACUUGCAUUUGAUCGGUUUAACCUCUUCUCGUCAAACGGCUCUCAAAGCUCUUAUCUCUUCUUCAAACCGUGCUUCUGGUGUUUUGAAAGAUGCAAUGUCUAUCGAGAAUUCUUCUCCAGUUGGACCUAGCAUCUGUAUUGACAACUUCGAUAUAGAGGAACAUGUUCAUACUCAAUCUGUGGGCCAUAGAACCAUGAUGUUUCAUGGCACAUGGGGAUAUAUCCACAAGCCUAAUCCUUCACUCCUGAAGACUCUUGAUCAUUCGGAAUUGACACUUGAGGCUUAUUACCGAGCUUUGAGAAAAAUUCCUUCCUUCAGGAUUGUACCUAGUAUGUUUUUACCGACUCGUGAGGAAGACCGGCAUUUUGAAGCAGUCGUGAAAAGUCAAAUUGCACGUGUUAUGCAACAGUACAUUGCGAAACCAAACAACAAGCCGAAUGCAAUCGCUUUGGAUCCACCACCGAUUGAGCUGAUUGACUGUUCACCACCUGAUAUCCACACUCUCAAACUGAUGGAUGCAUCAGAUAAUUCAGCCGAAGGUGUUGGCCAAGUUAUUGAAUCAAUAAUAACUCAAUCUGGCCUCACACCUGAGGUGUUUUGCUCUCGACUUCAAGUGAUGGACGGCGACUUGGGGACGUGCCAGAACAUCAACUCAAUUCGGGCUCUCAGAUCACCCAGUAGCUAUGCAGAACACUCUUUGCUCAACAUCACCAUGCAGCUGGGUUCGGCUCACACACUAUGGAAUAUAUCUCAGAAUAUCUUGACAUCUCACUUUGGUGAUCCAACAAAAACGAACGAUUUGGGAGCAUGGCAAUAUUUGCAUGCGCUGGGGCUCCCAUCUGACAAGCCUGCUUCCAAGAAAGACUUCACUUCGAUGAUGAAGAAUAUUGAAAAAAUACAUGAGGCAACUAUCUUUUACUGCUUGAGGUGA